AUGUCAUCGGGUGACCAUGUAGCCAUGACUAUGUUGGCGAUGGCUGAAACACUGAGGCAACUGCAGCCACCUAAAGUGAAAAUGGCUAUCAAAUGUGCUAAGGGAGCCUUGACGCUUUCUUUAUCACCAGAAAUGGCUGCACAUGUGAAGUUUCAAUUGGGAAAGCUCUAUUUUUUCUAUACGGAAAACUUGGAGUUGGCACUGCAGUACUUGGAUUCUGCUUACGAUAUGAUGACAAGGAUGGGAGAAUACUUCAUUCAACCGCGCUUGGAAGCUCUAGUUCUCAUC